AUGCAGCUGGUGCUGGGCAGCCAGGUGCUGAGGGAGGAGCUCACCCUGGUGCAGGCCAGCCUCGGCGACGGCGCCGCGGUGGUCGCCGUGGGGCGCCCGGACCUCCACACUCUUCGCCCGCCAAACGUCGCAUCCUCGGGCCGCAGUGGCCGGGUCACCAUCUGGAGCCUGGGCUCCGCGCACCUUGGCAGCCUCGGCUGGCGCGAGAGCGCCGUGCUCGCCGUGGCCUUCUCGCGGGGCGCGGACCAGCUGGCCAUGGGAGCGGCGGAGCGCUACCCUGGCGAGGGCUCCGCGCCCGCGGUGGUGUGGGCGCUGCCGUCCUGCCGGCAGGAGCGCGUGAUCGAGGUCCCCGGCAGCUCCAGCGUGCGCGACGUCGCCUUCUCUCGAUCAUCGAUGCUCUCCCUGCGGCGCGUUCCUGGCCACGGCCUCGGGCAACGGUGCCGGGGGGGCGGCGGCGACGUGGCGGCUGGCGGACGGAGCGCGAGCGCUGACGUUCGAAGGCCACGGCGCCCUCGUCAACUCCGUCGCCUUCUCGGCCUGCGGGGGCAGGCUCGUCUCGGGCUCAGUGGGGCACGACGGCCGAGGUCUGGAGUACGGCGGAUGCCUCGUGCGCGGCCACCUUCGCUGGCCACAGCUGCGCAGUGA